CAUGACGUCACUUCCGCCAGGAAAACAUGGCGGCUGCCAGUCCGUCAGAUUCAGCGGAUUUACUGCCGGAGGAUGUUGUUAUCAAGACGGAACCAGGACCUGAGGAGGACCUGCUCCUCACCCCGGAGGACAUACCCCUCAAGAGGGACCCCGUGGUCUCGCUGUCGGCCCCGGUCUGCGGACUGCAGCCUCUCUUCUGGUCUCAGGAUCAUCGCCUGGCCGUCUGCACCACCAGCUCCUUGUCUAUGAUGGAGCUGGUCUGCGACGUCCACUGCAACAAACAAGACCUCAUGCUGCACCGGACCUCCAUCCCUGUCCCCACCGACGUGUACAAACUGAGGGUUGGACCUGCAUCUGAGCUAGAGCAGGCGAUGGAAAAGUUCUCCACACAUCAAGACCCGACAAUAAGGCAGGACUUCCUGUCUGACAGAGUCAUGAACCCGUCAGUAGGAGUGCACAAAGGAAUCAAAUACGCCAGCUGGUCUCCGUUGGGCUGUGACUCGAGCGGGCGUUGCCUGCUCGCUUGCCUAACACUUGAACAAAGACUUACAAUUCACAACAGCCACAAGCGUCUCGAGUGGAACAUGCUCGUGGAUCUCUCUAGAAAGUACAGCGAGAGGCUAAAGGAGCGAGGCUACGCCAAGAAAGACAAUAAGCCUCCAGAGGUGGACCUGUUGGACUACGAUGAGCUGCGGAGGCGUUUCCGUAUGCAGACUCCUCUGAGGAUGGAGUGGUCAAGUGUUUACAUCAUGAAACAGGUUCAGCCCAACAACACGUGCUUAGAUGUGGAAAUGGUUCUCCUCGCUGUCUUGAUGGAAAAUGGAGACGUUGUUUUGUGGAAGUUUGUGUUGCCCUUUUUAGACGGAGCUGAUGUCACGUUUUAUGACGUCAUCGAGUCAGGCGUGACCAGACCUAGUGACUUGGCGUGGUGGGAGUACGAGAGCGGAGAGCGCCGUAUGAGUGGCCUGAUCAUCGGCAGUGAGGUGGGACCAGUCAAGAUCGUUCCAGUCAGCCUGUCGGGAGUGAAGGGAUACUUCACCCUGCGUCACCCCGUCAUCCUGUGGAAGGAGUGCGACGAGAUCGCCGUGGAAAACAUCAAAUGCGUCCCGAUGAUCCAUCCAAUCCAAAAGACCAGCUGCAGUCUCAUCGUGGCCUCGCGUGGCUGCUACGUCUUCUGGUGUCUGCUCAUGAUUUCACCCGCAGGACUAAAUGUUCACAACUCUCACGUGGCGGGGCUUCACUCGCUCCCUGUCAUCUCACUAGCGGUCAGUCAACAUGGCGUUGCCGUGUACACCUGCUCCUUGGACGGGUGGAUUAAAAAGCUGACACCAACAUUUACAGAGAGCACUGUGAUUUUCAAACAAGAGGACAUGUUGCAACCCGAGAACCUCACAGGGAGGAGGAUCAAUGGGAUCGCAGUGAGCCAUAACGGAGCGUAUAUCGCACUCUGCAGCACACAAGGAAUGGUGGAUGGCUGUCAUCCAGUAAGCAGGAACUACCUGGUUCACUUUGUGACCCUGAAAACACCAGAGAAGGCAGCAGCACUGCUCCUGAAGUCGCCCUCACAGAGCUUGUACAAAAUGGCUGACUUGCUGGAUCUUGUCAGGUGGCAGAUUUUGAAAAACAAAUGCAUCCCUGCUGCGCUGCAGGAGGAAAUUGACCAGAAGAUCCAGGAAGUAGACUCUCUAUACUUUUGGCGGUUCAAGCUGUUUUUGGUGCGGAUACUUUACCAGUCACUACAGAAACCUCAAUCAGAAAACCGCUGGAAACCUUCACAUGACGAAAACAAGGUGUUCGUACAGGAUGACCCUGAGGAGGAGCAGGAGGACGAGGAAGAUGAGGAGGAGGAUGGAAAGGAUGAAGAAGAUGCUGCACAAGAGGAGGCAGAGCCAGUUGAGGUGAAACAGGAGAAGGUCAGCGUGGAGGAGCAGAUGGAGGAGGUGCAGGCUUGGAUCAAUGCUGUGGAAACGCACCUGAUGAGAGAAAACAUGAAGAAGGUGCUGGGGGUGGUCUACCUUAACACCUGGAUCACUGAGAACACCAGCAUCCCCACCUGUGGCCUGAUGGAGUUCCUGUCCAGAGACGCCAACGACAGAGCGUCAGAGGUUCUGAUUGGCCUCAUCAAGAAGAAGAUGAACAAGCAGUCGUUCUCGGAGCGCUGCAGCCUGUGUCAGGCCGUACUGCCCUUCUCAGACCACAAACAAGCGAUCUGUCAAAACGGUCACAUGUGGCUCAGGUGUGUGUUGUCAUACCGAGCCUGCCAGACGCUGACGUUCAGACGUUGCCUCCUGCUGGAUACCAUCGCCAGACUGCCAGAGCCUGAGGAUCCAGACUGGAUAAAGAAGAUCCUGCUGGCGCCCUGCACGCUCUGCGACUCACCAAUGAUCUAGACUUCACUAAACCACGAAACCUCAGGGCAUCCCUACGAUCAUGACCGGACGUAGGGUCCAACUUUGCCAGAAAUCACUUCAACAAUUUUUUAUGUUAUGUAUUUUGUUCAUCUUUUUUAUGACUUUAUUUUGGUAUCUUUAAAGUGCAAAUAAAAAGCCUUGAUUAUA